AUGAAAAGUGACGGCCUUCAAAAGGUGAUACUGCGAUUACAUGAACAAGGCUUGAGUAGCCGACAAAUUUCGAAUCAACUCGUGGGUCAAGUCAGCAAAACAACGAUCAACGACUGGGUAAAAAUGUGUCGCAAAUUCGGUGAGCUCAGUUUGAAAAGUCCACCUGGUCCAACAACAACAAAGACAAAGAGAUUGGUGCAACAGGUGAUACAACAUCUUCUGCGUAACAAGAAGAAAAAAUCUGCAAGAAAAUUGGCCAAAUCACUGAAUGUAUCAAGAACAACCAUCCGUCGAGUGAUUAGAGAUGAUCUGGGUCUGAAAUCGUAUGUCAAACGUGUUGCACCGAAGCUCACGGACACACAAAAACAAAAAAGAUUUUCGUUUGGAAUUUGGGCAAGAAAGAAUGUCAGAAAAUCAUUGGUAAGAAAAAUCUUGUUUUUGGAUGAAAAACGAUUCGAUAUUGACGGUGUAUAUAACCGUCAAAAUGAUAGAAUAUAUGCUCCGAAUCGUGAACAAGCUGAUGAAAAUGGUGGCAUCCACCGAAAAACAAAAUUUCCUCAAGGUGUGAUGGUUUGGUUAGGCGUAUGUUAUGACGGUGUGACACGCCCAGUUAUCAUUGAAAAUGGUACGAUAAAUCAUCAAAGGUAUAUUGAUGAAAUACUGCCAGUCACACUAAAAGAUGAUCGGGAGUUGACGGGAAAUGAGUUUACAUUUCAAUAA